GUUGCAUGCAAACUCAUCGAUUAUAUGACGGUGUUUUAUACGUAUGCGCUGAUAUUAUCAACACAUUAUUGUAAUAACUAAUUACCGAUACCUUUUCUAAAUUAAUUAUUGGAUACACGUUGACAUAUUUAAAUAUGUACUAUUGAGUUCUCAUUUUUUGAAUUCUUACACUGUGAGCAUGUAAGCAGAGACAUCUAUUAAAAACUCGAUGGAUUCCAAAUCGAGUUUAUAUGCAUUCAAGUGUUGACACACUUUCCAAUCUAUUUAUUUAGUUAAAGAAUUUAUUGGACUUUAAGGGUUAUGGCAAAAAUGGAUUUAUCCUUGUUAAGAAGCAAAUUUCGAGGUUCUCUUCUUGGUGGAUUAAUUGGCGAUUGUCUUGGAAGCCCUUACGAAAAUGAGGAAUUGUCAAGUGGUAUGAAAAUGGUUUUACAACAAUCGUUUGAUAAAUUGGAGGGACCAAUGUUCAAAGCACCUGUCAUGCAGUUUACAGAUGAUUCCGCUAUGACUCGAUCCUUAGCUGAAUCUUUGAUCGAAUUAAAGGAAUUGGAUAUUGUUGAUAUCGCCAAAAGAUUUGUCAAGAGUUAUUAUCAAAUGCCUAAUCGAGGCUAUGGCCCUGCUGUUGUAACAGUAUUUCAGAAGUUAAGGGGUAAUAAAUUUACCGACGUUAUAAGUCCAGCAAAAGAGCAAUUCAAUGGUCAAGGUUCAUGGGGAAAUGGUGGAGCAAUGAGAGUGACACCUAUUGCACUGUUUUGUUAUAAGGAUUAUGAUAAACUAUUGAAUACAGUCAGUAAAGCGACUCAACUUACUCAUACCAAUAAAGUUGGAAUAGAUGGUGCUAUUUUACAAGCAGUAGCUGUUCAUCAAAGUCUUCUUCUAAACCCUAGCGAAGAAUUGAAUGUAAUAAAUUUUAUCGACGACUUAAUUCAUAAAAUGGAUGAAAUAGAAAAAGAUGAAGAAGGCUUAGAUUUAUCAGAACCACAACCAUACAAGAUACAAUUAGGUAUAAUAAAAACUUUGAUAUCAGAAAAUGAAAAUGGACCGCACGAUGAAAAAGUAAUACAAAAACUUGGAAAUAGCGUUACAGCUUUAUACUCUGUGCCUACUGCAAUAUUUUGUUUUUUAAGAGCACAAAAACUGAUUGCAGGUAUAAGAACUGAAAAUCCAUUUAGGAGAGCAAUUCAGUAUGCCAUUAGUUUAGGUGGUGAUACAGAUACUAUUGGUAGUAUGACCGGUGCAAUUGCCGGAGCAUUUUAUGGUGAAGAAAAACUUAGUUCAAAUCUUUUACAACAUUGCGAAGCUUCCGAAGAAUUUAGAAAUUUAGCUGAUCAAUUAUUUGAUGUAGCAGUAGAAACUUAAUUUAUAAUUUCGACCAAAGGGAAAUAUAAUCGGAUGAAAAAGAAAUUACAAUCAAAUAAAGUAAAAUGAAAAAAUCGCUAAAUAUUUAAUUA